GAGCCGCGGCAACGGCUGGUUGCUGCGGCAACGGCUCCCAGCGGGCUGAGGCGGCGACGGUGAGGGAGCGUUGGACGCAGGCGGGGACGCUGUUGGGGCAGUGCCCCGCGGGAGAAGGCAGGGCCUGAAGGGAGGCACCGACCCGGGGAGUGGGUGCUGAGCCCACCUCGGGGACAGGACCUGCAAGCGGCCGCGCUGGGGGGCGUUGGGCGAGUGCAGAGAGGGCCAGGGCCCAAGGCUGCGCCCCGGCUCCUCACCCUCGGUGUCGGGUCGGGUAUCGCCGAAGUGGCAGCUGCGAGCUUCACUCCGUCCUUCACCCGAACCCAGGCUUCUGCUGCUGAGGGAUUCGAUUUCUGUGCGCCACGUAGGUGAACUGAGCGCUACUUAAGCAAGUUAGGAAAACGCCUGCAAGAUUUGGGUUGCGCCAGCCGCCUUUCUUCUCUGAUGACACUGGCUCCGGUACACUGCACUUAGCGAUAACAACCUGGGCUGCUGGCGAUAGUGCGGUUACUGUUUCACACAACAGCAGUGUACAUUAAUGUGUGCUGCCUUACCACGCAGCGUUAAAACAACAUGUCCUCAUGGUCACAAUCCUCCUCCUCUUUACCUGUGUCCAACUGCACUGAUCCUUUAUUGGACUUUGAUCUUCAGGAGAAGUUUCUUCUUCCUCAUGCUGCUGAGUUAAACAAUAAAAAUGUUUACACUUUGAUGCAGAACUUAAGUGAAAAUGAAACCCAAAAUACUAAUCUAAGGAGAAAACUGCUUGAAAGGGAGAACCACAUUAAAGAACUUUCAUCCAAGCUUCAGCUUGAAAAAGUCAAUGUACAGAAACAAGACCAGUUGUCAAGAUCACUAAAGGCAGUACAAACUCACCUGCAAUGCCAGAUUCAAAGAAAAGAAGUGAAAAAUAAGGAAUUAAAAGCAAAAAUACAGGCUCUAGAAAAGAAAAUAGCAGAGUGGAAACUUCGAGUUGGUGAAUGCAAACACCAGAUGUUAGUGAUGAGGGAAACAAGCGAGCAAAAAAAGACUACUCUGAAGAAAGUAAUCAAAUCCCAGAAGCAAAGAGCUGAACACCUUGGAAAAAUGGUGGAAAAUUUAAUCUCCACCAUAAAAGAACGUGAAAUCAGGCUCUCUGAGAUACUAUCAGCUUCUGAUGUUUGGAAAAACCAGCACAAAAGAAUAGUUGAAGAAAUUACAAGUUUAAACGUUCAAACACAAGAUCUUAAGAAGCAGGUCACAAACCUUUUUGAAAACCUGAAAAGAGAAGAGGAAUGGAAAAGAAACUCAGAUGAGGAACUUAUUGGAAAACUAAAUUCUCUUACUGCUGAAAAUGAAAGUAUUUACCUUGAAAAUGAAAAAUUAAAGGCUUGCCUUGUUACAUUGGAAAACAAUACUGCUUCUGUUGAAAAUGAGCUGCUAGAUCUGCGAGAAAAGGCAAAGUGGCAGGAAAACCUUGUUCAACAGUAUAAAAAUCAGGUACAAAAAUUACAAACAGCAGUAGAAGAACUGAGAUCUAGAUAUGAAACAGUCUUAAAUGAAAACAAAAUAAUAACAGCAAACAAAUGCUUAGGAGUAAAUAAGGUGAGGGUCAAAACAGAGACUGAGUUAGAGGAGUCAGAACAUGCUUGUGACUUGCUGAAAGAAGCUGAGGAAAAGCAGCAAGGAUAUCAGGAAAAGUUCACCUACUGGGAAAGGACCUGUGCACAACAAAGCAAAAUCCUUAAGGAGCUGCAGGUUCAGGUCUCUUCAACUAGAAAGAAUUUGUCAUUUUCACAAGAGGAAGAUGGUAUAACUUCUGUGGGCAGUCACUCUUUAGAGGAAGAAAACCAUAACAUUCAGAAGAAAUAUGAAGAUCUUAAAAGGCAAUUAGAAAAGAUGGACUUUCAAAAUGAAGAACUUGCUCGCCAGCUCAGAAAAGAAGAUGAGUGCCUUCAAUGCAGUAAAUUGCAGCUUGAAGAGAAAACUGCAGAGUAUAAUGUAUUAAUCAGACAACUGGAAUCUGCUUUGGAAGAUGGGAGAAAAAUGGUAGCUGAAGAACUGGAAAAGAUGUCAUACAAAGAACAAACCCUUCAGACAAAAAUGCUGAUUCUUGAAACUGAAGUGAGAAAGGCGCAAGAAGAGAAAAAAGAACUUCUCCGCCUAUUUAAUCGUAAUGAAAAGCACCAUGAAGUACAUCUGAAAGAGUUGGAAAACAACCUACAGAAUUCAGAGAACAAGAACCAGAGCAUGCAGAAUUAUGUGCAGUUUCUGAAAGCUACAUACAUUACAAUGUUUGGCUGAAUCUUUUUUUUUUUCUCUCUCAUAAAAUAGUUGUCAAGAUUUAUCUCUUACUGUUAUUGGAGGCAAGGCUGCUGAGGACUUACAGUAUUCUACAAGAUCAAGUUCCAUAAUGACAGUUCUCCCUCAGGAAAAUUCCUGUUGUAGGCAGGGAGAUGCAGGUCAGUGAUACUGUAUAUCCUACUGGCUGGUCACAUACAGACAAUUUGCCUGGUAUUACUGAUAUAAAGAAUUGUAUUAUUCAUGGGACAGAAGUGAAAAGGCAGACUGCUUGACCAUAGUGAUAGUUAUGUGUGGGAUAUGCAUAUAAAGUUGUAAAUUGGCCUGUGAAUUUUACUGUGUUAGGUCUUGCACUAUAAAAUCUUACAAGCAUCUCUUUUAAAAGUCCACAGCAGAUGCAGAUGAUCACAGGUUACCUUUCAGUUUGCCUGGGGAAAGACAACAUCUAUGGACUCGUGGCAUAGUAACUUAUGUAUUUUAAUUUUUAAUAGUUAUAUAAUAUUUGUCAUUUUCUUUCUGUUACUGUAGAAAUCUAGUUGCCCAAGAUAAUGAUAUCUAUCCUAUUAAGAUAGGCAACAAUAUAGAGAGCAUUGGGUUCCCUUCCUUUAUUUCCCCUGUAGCUCAGCAGCAAUAGAGCCCUCACUGCUACACUGCAUGAAAUCGUUACCACCACCAGGCUGUCUCAUCCAGCCUUUUUUCCCUACAGCCUGCUCUGAACAGCAGUAUACUAUAGUAAUGUUUUGCAAAUGUAAGUAGGAAAAUAUUUAUAUAUAUAUUUAUGGUUUAAGCUCUGAAUGUGUCAACAUACAUAUUUUCAUGGUGACAUAGGUAUUCAAGUAUUUACCUGAGUAAAAGAGCUGCUUUUCACUGAGGCAAGACUGGUUUUAUGCCUCAGGUUAAACAGAUCUAAAUAUUCAGCUGGUACAAGAUGAAUACAAAAAACACUUCCAAUUGAGAAACUGUUUGUUUUUAUAGAUGUAUGCUGUGGUAUGUUAUAUGAAAAAGUAAUACAUUCAGACAAACAUAUGUAAUUUAGAAUUUGUAUUGAAAUAAUAUCUAUUUUUUUGACUGAAAACAUAGGUUAGCUCAAGCACAGAUGACAUCUGCUUGUUUAAGCAUAGCAUUUGAUUAUUACUUAUUUAUGAUGUGUUUUUUAUUUUCCUUUUUGUUGUUGUGUUUCCCAAAUGCUUAUCCAUCCCAACAAACACUGCUAUGAGCUAAUGCUCUGCUUGUGUGUUCUUUUAAAAAAUAAAAUUAUAAUUUAUUAUAUAGAA